CCGAUGCUGCGUCACGUGACACACACACACACACACACACACACACGGAGCUGUGGUCAGCAGCAGAACCGAGCCGCUCCGCAGACACGCACGAUCAGAAACCGACGGAGGAUCCAACAUCCGGAUCCGGAAUGCAGCGCUUGGCAGUGUUUUUUGUUCUGGCGUUCUGCACGGCCGCAUGUGCUCUGGAGAAUGGUCAGAUGAGGACCCCGCCGAUGGGUUGGCUGGCCUGGGAACGCUUCCGCUGCGACACUGACUGCCUGAUGGACCCCGACAACUGCAUCAGUGAGCAUCUGUUCAUGGAGAUGGCAGACAGACUGUCGGAGGACGGCUGGAGAGAGCUGGGAUACGUCUACAUCAACAUCGACGACUGCUGGUCCUCAAUGCAGAGAGACAGUCAGGGCCGACUGCAGGCCGACCCCAAAAGGUUCCCUCGAGGCAUCGCUCAUCUGGCGCAGUACGUUCACGACCGCGGUCUGAAGCUGGGCAUCUACGGAGACAUGGGCACUCACACCUGCGGUGGAUAUCCAGGAACCACGCUGGACAAGAUCCAGACGGACGCGCAGACCUUCGCUGACUGGGGCGUCGACAUGCUGAAGCUGGACGGCUGCUACUCCAACUCAUCCUACCAGGAACAAGGCUACCCAAUGAUGUCCAAGGCCCUGAACGCUACGGGUCGUCCCAUUGGCUACUCCUGCAGCUGGCCCGCCUACCAGGGCGGGCUCCCGCCGAAGGUGAACUACACGCUGCUGGCUCAGAUCUGUAACCUGUGGAGGAACUACGCUGACAUCCAGGACUCAUGGGACAGUGUUCUGAACGUCGUCGACUGGUUCUUUGAUAAUCAGGACGUCCUGCAGCCCGCGGCCGGACCGGGUCAAUGGAACGACCCCGACAUGCUGAUCAUUGGUGACUUCGGCCUCAGCCUGGACCAAUCACGUGCUCAGAUGGCUCUGUGGGCGAUCAUGGCCGCGCCCCUCUUCAUGUCUAACGAUCUGCGUACGAUCAGCAGCGGCGCUCGAGCGAUCCUGCAGAAUAAACUCAUCAUCGCCAUCAAUCAGGACCGCUUAGGCAUCCAGGGCAGACGCCUGAUCAAAGAGAAGAGCGGGAUGGAGGUGUUCUGGCGGCCGCUGGAUAAAGGAGCCAGCGCUCUGCUGUUCUUCAGCAGGAGAUCUGACAUGCCUCAUCGCUACAAGACGUCUCUGAAGGAGCUGAGCUACAAGACUGGAGUCUAUGAGGCGUAUGACGUGUUUUCUGAGCGGCUCUUGCCUCAGCUGAAGGACAGCACAGAAUUCGUGGUGUCCGUAAACCCGUCUGGUGUGGUCAUGUGGUACAUCUAUCCAGUGGUGGAGUGGAAGAAAGAGGCGGGGCCUGGCCGUUUCAGUAAGAAGCUGAUAGGGCCAAAGUCCCAUCCGCAUACUAAUGAGGUCGACGCCCCCUUCCUGCUGCUUUGAGCUCCGCCCAUUAGGAUUGAAUUACACACUCAGGGACAUUCAGCCAAUCAAAAGUUGAUUUACUGUUUUAAAUGUUUCUUGACCCAUUCUGUUUUUUUUAAGGACGGUUUCU